AGCUGCCCUUGCUUUGACCCUGGGGAUGGCUGUGUGGGAAGCUUGUGUCUCUAAGAUAGAGUGAAGUGCCGCUCUGUAAUGCAUUUGGAGCCAAAGUGAGUGCAAAGAAACAGAUAAAUACCGAAAAACCUCUUUGCUCCAGAAGGACUGAAAAGAGGGACUGUAAGAGGACUGAAAAAAGGGACUAUAAGAGGAUAGUUCCCUGGAACGAAGUGGUGUCUGAUUUUUUUUUGAAAGGACAACUAUAUCUGUAUUGAAUGAAGCAGUGGAACUGGAACAGAGCAUGGCAAAUACCUUUGUAACAGUAUCUGAUGGAUACUGCCUUAGUGAGCCAAUACAGUAUUAUGAUAUUUUACCAGAACAUAUCAGUUAUCCGGUGCAAGACCUUGACUUCCAAGCUGCUCCUUACUGCCAAUAUUCAACUGUUCAGUUCCCUCCAGUAUUACAGACACCGUCUCCACAGACUCAUUACAAUUCAUAUAGCUUGGACUCUCAGUUCAGCGAUGGUCAAUACAUCAUCAAUAAUUGUGAACUCAGUAAACCCACCUGCAUGGGUGCCCAUCAUGAAGGGGGAGGAUAUAUUGGACAGAAACGACCCAGGCUUAACCAUUCUGCCUUACGAAUAAAAGGGCAAGAAGAACUCUGUGUAGUCUGUGGAGACAAGGCUUCAGGAUAUCAUUACAAUGCACUCACCUGUGAAGGCUGUAAAGGAUUUUUUCGGCGGAGCAUCACCAAAAAUGCAAUAUACAGAUGCAAGAGUGGAGGUCAUUGUGAAAUGGAUAUGUAUAUGAGGAGGAAGUGUCAGGAAUGUCGCCUAAAGAAAUGUAAAGCUGUGGGAAUGCUGGCAGAAUGUUUGCUAACUGAAGUCCAAUGUAAAUCAAAACGACUUAGAAAAAAAAGUAGUUUCCUUUGCAACAUCAAAAUGGAAGAUGAGGGAAUGGACAGCAAGCAUGUAUCUUCUACAACCAAACCUUUAAAAGUCCAGGAGAGAAUGGAAUUUACUCCUGCAGAACAUGAACUCAUUGAUCAUAUUUUGGUUGCUCACCAAAAAUGCACAAUUCCAAUGGAGGAAGCAAAAAAGUUUUUACAGGAAAAUACUAAUCCUGAAGAAAAUUUUCUACGUCUUUCUGAAACAGCAAUGGUUCAUGUGCAGAUCCUAGUAGAUUUUACAAAAAGACUCCCAGGAUUUGAAAGCUUAGCCAAUGAUGAUCAGAUUGCACUAUUAAAAGGUUCUACAAUAGAAGCCAUGUUUUUACGCUCAGCACAAUUAUACAAUGAACAAGGAAUUGAAUAUCAAACACCAUUUCAUGAAAAUCAUAUAAAAUUUUCUGACCAUACUAUAUGUGGCCAAAAUAAAAGUGUUUAUCCCACAGAAAUGUCUCAUAGAGAAGAAAGUCCAACAUCUACUAGUACAACAGGUAUAACUGAGGAGUUCAUCACCGCAUUAUUUUAUUUCUACAGAAGCAUGGGAGAACUUAAUGUUACCGCAACGGAGUAUGCAUUACUUGUUGCAACUACUGUGUAUUUUUCAGAUCGACCACUCCUAAAAAACAAGCAACAUGUAGAAAAACUCCAGGAACCUUUUUUAGGAAUUCUGUACAAAUAUUCAAAAAUCUAUCACCCUGAAGAACCGCAACAUUUUGCCCGUCUCAUAGGGCGGCUCACUGAACUUAGAACACUUAAUCACAACCACUCAGAAGUACUAGUAACUUGGAGAACAAGGGAUCCUAAGCUGACUUCUUUACUUUGUGAAAUGUGGGACUUGCACUGAAGAAUUGCUAACUUAUAUGAAUUGUUACAAAGGACUGUUUUCUCAAACAUGCUGUUCCUUAAUUCUUACCCUUUUAUUUUAAGAAAUCAUUUAUGUUAAAUGGCUUAUAUCUCAUAAAUCUGUUAUGAUAACUAUUCAGAAUAUUAGCUUGUGUUGUGAAAGAACCCAUAUACAUUUUGGGUAAGCAAAAAUAUGAAAAUGUGUACAAUUUAUUGACAAAAUGUUACUGCCACAUUUUAAAAGAUAUAUGUAAAAUUUGUUUAAACUGUUAGAUGUUAUAAUGCAUUCAUAUAUACAUGUCCCCAAGCCAUGUCAUUCACAUCAUAUUAUAAUUCAUCUCGUUUGCCAAAGCUGAAUACUUACAAUAAUUAAAUAUUAACAUUUAUUAACAUUA